AUGAAAGUCGCAGUUAUUCUGAUAACAGUGUUCAGUGUGCAAGCAAUGCAUACCAGUGGGCCAGUAAUAGUUAACGAUUUAGUUAAUUGCUUAAGUGACAUGAUCAAAACAAAUUUUCUUAAACCUGGACUAGUUAUUUUUCCUCAUCCAAUAAAUGCCAGUUCUACGAUUAUAAGAGUCAGAACUGAUAUCCUAACGCGUAUUCAUCGUAGCAAGAAAUAUACAGUUCAAAUAACCGCUCCUGAUAGCAAAGCUGUUUGCAACGACCCAAAUAAAAAGUUCAAGGUCGUCCAUUCGGAUCCUUUUAAAGUAAUGUCCAUAGCGAGUUAUUUUGUCAUCAUUGUUGAUAGCUUUGACGAUUUUACACAUUUUGCUAGAAAAAUCAUCAGGUCGCGUUUUUGGAAUCCAUAUGGAAAAUUCUUAAUUUUGUUACAUAAUAUAACCAUGAACGAUGAUGAAAAUCGUGAAGAUGUCGAAAACAUUUUGACGUGUUUAUUCAAAUACAAUGUUAUCAAUGUUGUUGUUAUGGUACCUAGAGCUAAGGUUGUGCGUAAUGUAAUAAUUUACAGCUGGAAACCUUAUGAUCCGCCUAAUUACUGUGGAUAUUUUAACGAAAGUGCGAAGAAUAGGUUACUCAUAGAAAAUACAUGUGACCGAGGCAUUCUUAAGAGUAAGGGAAGUAUAUUCAAGGAUAAAUUGCCAUCAAAUAUGCAACAAUGUUCUCUCAACAUUUUAGCAAUAGAAAGGCAGCCAUUUAUCAGCAGAUAUAAAACAGAUCCGAAUAUGGAGAAAAGGAUAAUCAAGCAAAUGCUCAAACCGUACAAUUUUUCCGUUGGUUUUGAGAUAAUAUUAAAUAAAUUUCGCGGUGAGCGGGACGAAAAAGGAGUAUGGGAUGGUGCUUUGCAGGACUUAGUAGCUAAAAGAGGUCAAAUUCUAUUGGGAGGUAUAUUUCCUGAUUUUGAUGUCCACGAGGAUUUCGAUUGCAGUGCAACGUAUUUGGCAGACUCGUAUGCAUGGGUGGUUCCUCGGGCUUAUCCGUCUCCACCCUGGAGUUCACUCACUGCUGCAUUUGAAAACGAAGUUUGGUACCUAGCUGCUGUAAUAUUUGUUUUAUGUGGUUUCAGCUGGAAAAUAUUGGGACAAAUAAGUGGUGAUAGCAGUUACAACAGGGCGUUCAAACAUUGUUUUCUGAAUUCUUGGAUACUUUUAUUUGGUUUCCCUCCAUAUGUGCGUCCUAAAAAAGGAAGUCUGCGAAUAUUUUUCAUAUUUCUCAACACAUAUUGUAUUCUGUUUAUGACAGCAUAUCAAACUAAGCUAAUAAUUAUUUUACGAAAUCAGACUUUUAGGUAUCAAAUCAAAACCAUCCAUGAUGUGGUACUAAGUGGAUUGAAAAUUGGUGGUUCUGAAGAACUACAUGGUUUAUUUCAAAAUUCUAGUGAUCCUAUUGAUAAUUUGAUAGAUGAUAAAUGGAUAGAUGUGCACAAUAUAACACAGGCGUUAUUGGACGUUGCUGUAUAUCGAAACUUUUCAGUACUGUGUAGCCGACUGGAAUUGGAAUACCUCGCAUCAGUAUUGCCGGAACUUCAUGAUGUUUUUGGACGUACAAAAUUGUACACAUUCGAGAAGAGUGCGUUUUUAGUUCCUUUGGAAAUGAUAGGCUUAAGAGGAUUUCCUUUUAUGAAAAUACUGUCACGCAGAUUAAAUUCGUAUAAACAGUUCGGUCUGAAUGAAUAUGUAAGGCGGUAUUUUACUCAAUUAAACAAGAAAAAUAAGGAAAAGUUACUAGUUUUGUUAAAAUCCCGACCGAAGAACAUCAGUGCUUUAACAAUUCAACACUUACAAUGCGGAUUCUUGGUCCUGAGUUUAGGUAUGGUUGGUGGAACUGUUGUACUGAUGUUGGAAAUUUUAUUAUAUACCAAUUUAGUGCAAAAAAUUGAAUUGCAAAUCCAAAGUAUUUUUAAAAGAAGAUAA